AUGCGUGGUGCAGACAGUGAAUUCCAACGAGACAAAUUGAAGCCGGGCAGACGUGCGUGCCAUAGCAGGCCGUCGCUAGGACGUAGGUGCAAGCGCUAGCGAGAGGCGCGACGUAGCCAUGAUGGCUGUCCACUACAAGCAGCACUACUGAGCAAAGGCAAGUAGGUCGCUCUUUAGGAGUUCAGUUCAGUUAAUUUGGUAAGGAUAAUAGGCAAAGCCUUUGAAAACCCUAUUGAUUACAUGUCAGCUCGUUAGAAAUAACUGUACACGAACAAAAAUGUUCACUAUUAAAACAGUACUUGGUUCAUUUAAGUAGCAUUGUCUCGGAGAAAAUAUUUGUCUGGACCAGGGGUAUUAAUUCGGAUUCAGACUGUCGAGGGAAAACAGGGGGCACAAAUAAUCAUCCAAGCGUUUCUUGAAGAGUUGCACGGAUGUAGCCUCCACGACUGACUGAGGGAGAUCGUUCCAUUUCUCCAUUACCCUCUGCGUGAAAAACUCAGAACGAAGAUUCAGCCUGGACAUUGUUGCCCGUAACUUCAUCGAGUGACCACGAAGAUUGGGUGAAAGGUGCCACUGAAACAUGUCCUCAAAUUUAAGUCCAUACUCAAGGCCAUGUAUUAUCUUGUAGACGAGGAUAAUGUCACCUCUUUGCUGCCUGUAACACAGAGGGAAUAAAUUAAGGCAAUUCAGUCUUUCUCUGUAGGAGUGGCUUUUUAGACCGUUUACCAGCUUUGUUGCACGUCGUUGUACUCGUUCGAGGAAUGCUUGGUCCUUUACUAGCCACGGCCGCCAUGCUUGUAUGCCAUAUUCUAAGUGGGGCCGAACAAAUGUGCCGUAAACUCUCCCAAAAAGGUCUUGGUCAAAGUUAACGAAAGCCCUUUUUAUUGCAUGCAGCACUCCCAUGGCGUUUAUUGCAGCCUUGUGGCUCUGCGGUGUUGGUUUCAGGUUGUUCUGUAUCCAAACCCCGAGAUCCUUCUGUGAAGAUUCUGCGGGGAGCCUUAUAUCUUUCAGGUGAUAUGUCCUCAGGCUCUCAUUUGAAUGAGAGUUGGUUGGACGCAGAUGAAGGAUGGCACACUUCUCCACAUUGAAAUCUAGAAGCCAUUUCUUCGACCACGCUUGCAGUCGGUGCAGAUUAUCUUGAAGGGAUCUCUGAUCGUUCGGACCCUUAAUGACUUGCCAGAGUUUAACGUCGUCUGCAAACGUUAUUUUGCCGCAGUCGAGUUCCUGAAGUCUGUCGUUAACAUAAAGGAUGAAGAGCAAUGGUCCCAGAACUGAGCCUUGCGGCACACCACUGGUCACAUUCGCCCAUUCCGACAUAUCAUCCCCGACACAGAGACGUUGUUUCCGACCAACCAGAAACGCCCUAAUCCAGUUCAGAAGAUCUCGCCGGAUGCCGAUGGCGCGACGUCGCGAUCUGUCGGGCUAUUACGAUAUGCAACUUCCAGAUCAUCGGCACACACGAAGGGCUUACCAUUCUGAAAUAAAUCUGGUACAUCGUUUACAAAAUGGCAAGAUAAUAGGAGGCCGAGAACACUACACUAAGUGAUUCCGCUCCACACGCGUGGGAGUUUAGGGAUACCAUUAGAAGUCUUAACUCGUCAUUUGCGAGCGUCCAGGUAAGGGUAUAACACAUUCAGUAGCUUACCACCUACUCCGAAAGAGGAAAAUUUCAAAAUACUAAAGCUUAAGGUCACGCCGCUGGUUUUAAAUUUAAGGAUAAGCGGAAGAUAUAAUUUUAAGUGGAUUUUUGAGAGACCUAACGAUUUUGGCCACCACUUUUUGGUUAACUUUCCUUAAAUACAGACCUAUUCAAUCAGAACUACCUGUUGUCAUUUCCUUUUUGAGUUCUGCUAGUCUGGACCUGUCACCACCAGCCGCACUCUGUUAUUCACAUUUUGGGCAUUUGAUUUCUCUCUAAUUGUAUUUUUCUACAUCGUUAGCCCCUAGCCGAAAUUCAGUCACAUGGUCUGUCAGAAGUUUUCUUAAUUACAACUUGCCUCGAGACAAUAUGAGAGCAAAAGUCACAGGUUGGCGAAAGCUCUCGGCCUCUGUACGUAAACAUAGCUUAAUUAAAUCUAAUUCAUAAGGCUUACCUAACUCUAAGCCAGAUGAAAUUAAUAGUCAGUAUUACUAAUUUUCAUCAUCCAAGUGUAGUUUCAUGUCUUUAAGUCCUGCCAAACUUCCUGGUCCCCUAUUUUUCAGAAUCACCCACUCUCAGAUUGCUUCACCAUAAAGGACCUAGGUCUAAGUUAUACGAGUAAACUUGCUUUAUCACCACAUGCAGAUAUAAUCUCUGCCAUAGCCGCGCAGAUAUGCGGAUUCAUAUCGCAUAAUUUUUUUCCUUCCAGAAAUGAAGCUAAGACUUUAUCAAAUGUUUUUUCUUCCAGUCCUCAAAUACUGCUGUCCUUUCUUUGGUUUAAUGAACGCCUGCGACCGUAAUAAAUUCGAAAAUUUUCAGAGGGUUUUCACGCGGAAACUGUUCUCUCAAGUCUCACCCAGUUUUUCUUAUACUCAGAGAUGCCAGCUGGCAAACAUUAAGUUUUUGUGGGUAAGAAGACUCGAAGCUGGCCUUUGCUUCCUUUUUCGCAUCAACUCUAGCUCCAUUCUUCCUCACAUUGACACUCUCACUCUGAGAGGUCGAUCUUAUGCCACGCGCAAAUCCUCCUUGGUGAUUCCGCCGCCGCCUGUUUGCACUACAUCUAAGCGCUCCCUCUUCUUUGCUUCCAAAUAUGCCUUCCUUUGGAAUAAUCUUCCGCCAGAAAUUAGGUCAUCGUCUAAGUUAUCGAUAUUCAAGUCGAAAUUACGAAAACACCUUACACCGAAAAGCAUAAAGGCACUGUUAACGGUCUCAUUCCCGAACGCUCAGCUUCUUGACUUCGAGAAGGGUCCUCCUGGGAUUUAUUCUUACAUCUAGCGGAAAUCCUCACUAAUAUACUUGCAACCUUAUGUUUUGAGUUGGUUACUAUGUCCACUGUUCUCGCUCCUCCCCUAUAGCGAAGAUUUUCGUCGUUCUUGUUGUCAUCUCUUCAGUUCGACCUCAAGUGGUCUGUAGACACUCACGGCGGAAACCUCUGUAUUCGCCGUCUACUAGUAGUUUGGUCCUACUUCCCCUGCACACUCCUCGGCUGGGCUCGAAGCGGAUUGUGGCCGAGCGCAUUUUGGUUCCUCUUGUCCCGCCACUUUGACGCGAAUAGUCUCAUCCGGCGUAAUAAUUCUGCUGACAUUAAUUUCUGCCCAUUUUCAUUUUGCUUAACGGACUUCUAAUCUCAAAAACUAUGCAUUGCACUUUGUGCAGAUUUUGCCUACAUCGUCUAAAAUUUGCAUGUAAAUUUAUGUUUACUUGCUUUGAUGGGACCCCGACGGGUCUUUAAUAAAAUAAUUGAAUUGAAUUGAAUUGAAUUGAUGUCUGAUUAUAAUCCAUUUUUAUCCUUUCAUUGGGACAGUUUUAUUCUCCUCCAAAGUUAAUCCAAUCAUUUUUAAAUUCAUAAGUGUUUUUUUUUCACGGCUGGCUCAUCAUUUUUCUUCACGGACUACUAUCUCAACAACUAUAAAUUGCAUUUUGUACAGAUUCGGCCUGCCUCGUCUAAAAUUCAUGUGAAAAUUUUACUUUUUCUUGCUAUGCCGAUACCCUGAAGGGGCUUUAUCUAAAUCGGUUAUUAUAAUUAUAAUUAUAGUUAUUAAUAAAGUCUUUAUCUACUUGAUAUAUUUCAAAAAUAAGUAUCUACACUUUAUCGUCCGAUAAAGUUUGCUACCAGGGUUUAACUAGUAAUGCAGGAGGAUUUCAGAUGGAUCUGUGCAUAGAAGCAUAGAAAAGGUCCAAGACGCAAAAAGACCGUUGACUAGUUAUUGAGGGCUUAGGAGCACAUAAGGUUGUAGCCACUAAGCUGUGGCAUUGGGGCCUCACUGCGCUACAAUCAUCACGUCGAAUCCCAUCUUGAGAAGAGAAGACAUAAGGCAUCAGAAUGACGGCUUUAAUGUAUACAGAACCCGGAGUUGUCCUCUUUGACGUGUAGCAGCCGCUCCAGCCCCCCUUUUCUCCGGCUCCGUUUUGUCGGUCGAUGGCCGCGACAAGCACUGACAGGCCGCUGACACACGACCACCCACACCGGCUAGAACUGGGACCCCUCCUGUCCAGCUGCAGUGACUCCCACCCGCCCUCACAACUAGUAUCACCUUACGCGCGUCGAACGCUCUGGCUUGAUUCCCGUGAGGCCUUGUGAGUAUGCGCCCUCCAUUCUCCCCCCCCCCUAAUUUGUCCAAUCACACGACCACCACUCAGACAGUCACUCCCUCCUGCUGACCCAGACACACACACCCGCGUAAACAACACACCGCGACUGACGCUCUCCCUGAACGGACGCUUUUCUCUGUUGCAAGCAAUAAGCCAACUUACGGCAACCUGCCCUGUGUACAGAAUAAACUAGUCCUCACAGCUCCCUGACUUCUGACAGUGGACGAAACGAACUUAUUGUGCGUGGUUUAAGUUGAUCUCACAUCCUUGACCGCCACAGGCGGCAGUUACCACUGGCAAAGCCAGGGUCGGUGUUGGCUGCAUCCAGUCAUGCCUGAGAGUCCUUGGGACGGUGGUGGCAGCAGCUUAUUUAACCUCGUGGGCCAAGCUCUAGUGGUCUCCAGUAGGCGUUUGUUACAUUUGUCGUGGUGUGGUGUCACAAUGGCCUAGAUUGUGAUUGCAGGUUGGAGGUGCGUUUACGUGACCGCAGGGGCAGCUGCGACGCUGUGAGAAAACAAUUGUUUCCCAGCAGAAGUCGGUGGAAUGGCUUCGGGUCAGUGAGUCUGGAGUGGCUCGCUGCAAGGGGUGACUGACCUUGGGAAGCGAGGUCUUCAGAAAUGUGGCCAGACUGGUCAUUAUGGCUGGCCGCUGCAAGGUCGGCCCAUCGGCAAAAAGGAUACGGGAGUGUGAUAGAUUAAAGUCAAAAUCAAUGUAAAAUAGGAGGUAUUCACCAUCUUGAAAUUUUCCAAACAAUAAAAUUUUGAGGGCGGUCAGGCGAAAUCAUUCGGUUCAAAAAAUGAAAACGUCAGCACCAUAGAAGAGCUUUAGGACAAUUUACGUCUCCGUAUUUUUGAUUUUACUGCGAUGGCGAAUACUUAUUUUACAAUGGGUCUCCAGAUGACUUGAGAUAAGACAUUAAGGCAGUCUUGUCCGAAACAUAGGGCGCAUAAGUCCACAUGGAUGGUUAACCUGUAUCUUUAGAGCAUAAUAAUAAUUUUUUACUCAAGACCCGUGCGGGUCCUCCCAUAGCAUAAUGUAUAAAGGUGAAAAGAUUUAACACGGACAAGCGUAGUAGAGUCAAAAGACGUUACAAUUCAAGUAGAGGAAGAAACUUCCAUAACCGAAAUCAAGCCUUAUAUGAAAAAAAUUAAAUAAGAUGAUUUGGACCCUAUGAACUCGAGAGGAGCUUUCGGUAGUUCAGGGCUUCCAAUUCUGCCAACAGGCCAGGCGAGGCACCACAAAGAGGGAUUUAAAACUGGAACGAAAAUCAAAACCAGUAGUUGCAUAUUACGAAGAGCAAUAGUGAGUUGAAAGAUGGUUGACAUCCAUUGCGGGAUCUUUCAGACAAAAUUGACACGGGAAUGUCUUGUAAAAAACUGCGAUUUUACUUUGUACGCUGACCCACUGUUACUCUUUACACAGCUAACUGUAUCUUUCGCAAUCCCGGCCCACAUUAAAGGUCUAUGCAUAUUCGUACAAAAUAAUGUGGACUGCAGAUCCUAAAUAAAUGUCCUGCCUUAACCGUACUCUGAGCACAUUUAACCAUAUAAAUGCCGAGUUAGCUUCGUAGAGCACAAUCGCAAGCAGUUCGCGUGGUCCAUUCUGUCGCGCACUUCGACGCAAUCGCAGUCAUUAUUUGCUGUCAGAUCUGACAAACUGGGUUUCAUCAAGUAAAUAUUUCGAACUUUUUUAUUUGAAGCUCUGAGAUGAAAAUCUUAGUUUACUGAUUUAUGCAUUUUGCAAUUUUCGAAAAUAUACAGAAGUCGGCUAGCCGACUAUAUGCACACGAGAACUUCUGUCAACCGUUAAAGCUUUAUUUACCUCAGAAAUAAAGUCCUGUAGAAUUAUCGGGAUAUGACUUUAGAAAUAUGACUUUUGGCCAUUUUGGCUCCCAACGAGCUGUUUUUUUUGAAGUCUAUGUUUUGCAUGUGAAAGUCACCUGCUGCAGUCGCACUUUUGGUCGUCGUUUUUCCUCCUUAAACGCUUUAUACUAAAAUUUUAAUUUAAGAGGACCUUACUGAUUUUUCUCCUUAGGUAUCCACUUGAGUGGAACUUAGUAAGAGGGUGUUUUCGUGAUUUUUGCGACUUUUGGAUUUUCAUCGCAUUCUCCUUCCGGAUUUUGACUAAUAACCAGUGUUUAAUGAAUGCUUUGAUUGACUUUUCAAAAUAUGUCGUUUUUAGAAGGCAUUUACUUUUGCCACAAGUACGCAACCGUUCAUAAAAAUGGUCUCGUAGCUUGUCUGAUUAUUAACUCACGCUUGAGGCCGAACUUGAUCAUAGCGACUUAAUGUUCAGGUGAUUCAUACAAAGUCUUUCUCAUCGUCAAUGCACUUAUAGGCGGCUUUGCUUUUGCGUGGGUGUAACCGAAUCACGAAAUCUGUGUGUUUUUAAUUUGUUCAGCUGUUUUUACUUCAACACUUCCGGUCUUUAUUUAGCAGCUGAUUCUAUUUAUCUCUUUACAAAUUAUUCCAAACUUCCUUUGGUCUAGCUGACUUAAAUUGAUUUCGAUAAUUUUUUUCAGUCGUAUUAUCGUUCAACAUGUUAUUUCUGUUGUGAAAUUUGUGCUUACAUUGUUUUAUCCUGCUCGCCUAUUUUCUACGCAUUUUUCCUCCGAUAGCACACACCUUCCUUCUAUAUAGUCCGUUACACAAAUUCUGCCUGCUUCCUGUCCCGAUUAUUUCCCUAUUCGAUUGGAGUUUUCAGCGUCUUUGUAUUUCGUGGUAACUUAACCUGAGUAGAAAUCGACAACGUAGACUGGAAUUCUGGUUUGCCCGUUAGUCUAGCUGCUACUGAACCGGCGCAUCCGUCAAAUGCGGAGAUCGAAAAGGACUUUUAGAAGGCCAACUGUGCACUGAUAAAUCAACAUUCGCGUAUUGAAAACAAACAUUCGCGAAUCGGUAAGGACAAUACUAUCGGGUUGCGCAGAGCUCAGGUCGGACAUAUGGACUGUUAUAUUGUGUUACGCCGCGCUGCCUGAUGAUGCAUACAAGCUUCUUUGGCUGCUCCUGUCUUUUUAUUGAAUUUAGCUGACCAUACCUUUAGGUGAGACAAUCGCUAACAAACAGUGUUGUCUGCUAUCCUGGACUUCUCUGCCAUACCUUUCCCAGAAACCCAGUAAAACCUUCCAAAUACCCCAUAACAAAUAAUUGUAUGGUUUCCAGGGUGGUCGAAAGUCACCACCAUCCCGCCCCAAUGCUUCGGGUGCUGUCCUUUUGAAUGCGACAAUGCUGUAUAAUUUCUUCUAUGAGAGGCGUAAAUCGAGAUUUCGGCAAACGUACCCGUACUGCAAAGGGGACUGUGCGAAUGGCUAGAAGCCAUCUAUAAUAUGUGGGAUAUCUUUAAAGAUCGGUGGCGUAACAAUUUUUAAAGGACUACUUGGGGAAAAAGAGGGAUUUAUAUGCAGUGGACCUGGUUCAAACUUCAGGUCCUGAGGUUAGGCUACUGAUGUCUUACGAUUACAAAUAAUCCUUUCCUUGAAGAUCUGGUCUUUCUGACCAUUGAGCUUUAUGUUGAGCACUCUGCUAUCUAGUCCUGGGCUCCUACCUCGUCAUCUGCAGUCGAUCAAUGACUUAUGGCCGACUGAAGACUGCGAAAUAGCGGAGACGCUCUCUACGUUUUCUAUUGUCUUCAUCGGGUACAUUCCUUGAGUGUCGAUUGCUAAUCACUAUGCGGUUGACUGCGUGAACUGCAGACGAGAGCUUAAGGUCAAAAUUUCGUCUUGUCUUCUGAAUAAAAAGACGAAAAUAGUAAGCGCUGGUUUUUUCAGAGGCCGCGAGAUGUACCAUGCAAACUGUAUUCGUUAUCACAUGAAAUUUUAGCUCGUUUUCCUGUCAGUCGUGGUCGGAAAUAUUCGUAGCUCAGGUGGCUAGAUCGUUGGGUAUACUCAAGUCUUCCCCCAACUGUCGUGGGUUCAAAUCCCGCCGAGAUCGCCGUGGUUUUUGCAGUUGGGUCAAAUUAAAUUAUUUAAAAUUUGUCAAAACACCUAGUUCAGAACACUUGUAAACAUGGCGUUCAUCGGCCGGGUUACAACACAUGCUCGUUCCGUUGCGUUCUGGAGCUCGGUCUAGUUCCCUCGAAAGCAUUUACAUAGCGACCAGUAAUAUAUGCAGGAAGAGGGUACCGACAAGGGCCUGGGAGUCCAGGGUAGCCAUUCCUGGUCUAUUAACUGUCAUCAGCCAACCACAACCAAUUCCAGUUGUGGAGCUUCUGGGAUUUGAGCCCGGGAUCUUUGUUAUCGAGUCCGACACUAUACCCUGCUCGCCCCGUUGCGCCUUUGCUUGUUCUAGAGCCCUCACAAGCAAUCGUUCAGCGACCAACUGUGCUCGCAUGAUGGAGUACUGACAAGAGAAAGGGAAGCUGUGAUGGCUGUUUCUGGCUUAUCCGCAGUUGGCCAGCCCUAACAUUCUGGUUAGGGUAACCUGGCAUUCAAAUCCGAAAUGUUUUUCAUUGGGCGUUUUAAGUUCAAGACUGUGCCAUUUAAUCACAGUCCCGUUGUUCUGUCGGUUACGACCAAAUUGUAGGAAGUAUCGCGGCUGGGACUCGAAAGUAGGCGAGAAAGACGUUCAGUCAUCUGGCAACCGUUGCUUAUUCAUCUAUUCUUCCUCGCUCAAGCCUAUCUGCAAGCAUAAAGUUAGCCCGUAACUUAGUUCGUAUUAGACCACUUUUUGUGAUAAGUGAUCUCAAGUUGCGUUUCUUUUUCCUCACUGACCGGUAUGUCCGUUGAUUGAGUUGUCUAUCUUCUUUCACUCCUUAUGGGACGGACCAUCUGAUUGGCUUCGAAACAGUGUGCUAGGCAGAAGUAGAUAUCCACAGCUUUGCUCUUAUAGGUUCUGUCUGGACUUGUCUAACAAGCCGACCAACCUAGUUGACUAUGCUAUAAUUCUAGUCGGCCGUUGAACCUGAUGCUCAUUUACCAAAGAGUUGGACCCCUAUAUCAGAUUAUCCAAACCUGAGGUCAAGUAUGGCUGGCUAACUACGACUAGUAAGUCGUAACUGACAUUCUUAGUCUCACUUGUUUUUUUUUUCUGUACUCCCUCACUUGUAUACCGACGCAGAACGCAUGCAAAAAAGAGCCACUUCAUAGAGCGGACUGAAGUUUUUUCUUCCUAAACAGGAUGGGAAAAUAAGUAUUUUCAUGACGCAGGACCUCUCACAGGCUCUUCGUCUUGUCAUAACCGAGGGGACAGCGAGUCCGUUGUUCAAUGGCGGACCGUUGGACUGCUUACUGCCUAAUAGCCAAAGGAUUCGACUUCGAGUCCCAAAUAAUCCAGACCUGGGGUUGGGUGUGAUUGGCUGACGAUGGCUAAUAUGCCAGAAAUGACCAUUUCAGUCUCCCUUGUCUUAGUCGAUACUGUCAGUCUGCAAAUAUGCAUAUAUUAUCGGAACAUGCUCGUCUCGUUGUACCUUGGGAUUUAAUAUAGGGCUCUCGUAGGCAGUUGCAUAGGGACCAGUAGUGUAGGUUGAAGGGGGUUCCGACUAAGACAAGGGAGACUGGAAUGGUCAUUUCCGACCGAUUAGCCGUCAUCAGCCAGCCAUACCCAGCCUCACUCCUGUGCAACAUCCGAAGUUCAACCCCGCGACCUGUUGGCUAGAAGUCUAACGCCUCUAACCACUGAGCCACGAGUUCGUUUCCUGUCGAUUGCGAUCGGAUAUUUUAACAAUGGUAGAGGGACCCAACAACUGCGUUACAGGAUAUACUUAUCCCCAGUGGUGGACCAACUGCGCCAGUUCUUUGUGCGCAUGUCUGUGUUUCCGGUCCCAACUAGUGGUUAGGCGUAUUAUUGGCUGAAUGGACGCAAACAAAUCCGAGACAGUUCUGUAUCAGCCUACCCCCCGACUCUGUCGUCCCCCUCUUAUGUGUAUAUAUACACUACUAAUAGAAGCGAAGAUGUGAGUUCCGAACAUAAAUGAAAAAAGGGCGACCUCGGGGACCGUUAUUGUAUUAUCCUGACGCUUGAAAUGCAGACAAGGUUCCAUCGUCGGAGGUAUCGCACCGCGUCAUAAGGUAUUUAUAGGAAGUGACAGUCCUGUUACCAAGAAGUUAGUUAUACGGGUUUAUCUUAUUAGUUUUGAACUAUGCGGUUGCAGUGUGCCGGGAAGUCGUCCGCGAAUAGGGGAUUACGCAUUUGCAAAAUGUGAUUAAUAAACGGUCCAGAGAACAACGAGCAGAACGAAAUGCUGGGCUGGCGGAAGAGAACGACUUCCUAGUCCACAAUCAGUCCCCCAACCGCUGACACCUGAACAACUGAAAUCGCUGAGUCACGCCUCGCGGCCACAGUUGAAUCAAUCGUUAAACAGAGCGGGGAGUCCGACGAAACAAAACAUCUCAUUUGGCAACAGGUAACCACCUUAGUGAUGGCGCACAAAAGUCAUCGUCAAACGAAAAAUGACUGAAGCAUUUCAUAGUGUCCUGACUUCCGUUUUCCCAGGCAUCCAAUUCAUAAUAGAGGCGGAAAGCAACAACUACCUGCUGUCACUGUCCAUCGAAAACCUGACGAGUACCUGAAACGACGCACAUACACACACGCCAAAUCCUAAGUUACUACAGCAAUUAUCCGUUAUGUCACGGACGCAUUUCUGUGCGAACUCAGCAGAAGGGCAGGAACACACUGCAGCUUCCCGGACGACAAAAGGACGGAUACUCCCGUAAGUUGAUCGAGCGUGGCAGGCAGUCUAGCCCGAGCCGAAAUCCGCCGUACAUUGCCAUGCAGCGACGUCGUCUUUGAGACCGUUUCCGGCCGUCCAAUGUCGUUGCGGACUGAUAUCGCUCAUUGACGGGAGUCAACCAUUCGAUAUCUAGUUAUGAGACCUAAGGCUACCCUGGCACGAGUUGAAACGAAACUCGCCAUCUACGGGGUCCCUUGUAACUCCUGCGAAGUCAACUACAUCUGAGAGUCAGGCAGAUGAUUACGGAUCGAAGACAUGCGGACGGUGUGGUGAAUGGACUCAUUGUUUCUGGCUCUGGCACGGACUCUGGGCAGAACGCCGAAAGUCUGGGUCGAGGAAAUGGCCGCGUAAUCAGGGAAGCAAUUGAGACCUGGCACAUCGAGACUACCUCAAUCAACCGUGGUGUCAUUUAUUCGGACAGCCUACCAAACCCUCCGGAUGCACCUCAACGAACGAAAGAGCAAACCCCAAGGUAGGUCAAAUGUGAAGCCACAUACGGAAGAACCUACGACGGACGUGCACGCAGCCACACCACAAUUCGAGCCCGACGAAGGCACAGUCAUUAAUCAUUACUACUUCGGCAUACGGGAAGAAAUGCCGUCAGAGGGACGCAAACAAGACUGACAACCUAGGGCGACAGUUAAGGUCAGUGUGGAUACGGGUGAUGGCCGCCAACGUUGAAACGUCGCCUUCCGACGGGAGACAUGCAGAUUGACAACAGUCAUUCUCCUUCCCCCUAGCACGGUUUCUGAGGUCAUUUUCUCUUCUCAUGCAGGAUAGCAUUACCGACAAAGACAAGGGAGACUGGAAUGACCACUUCUACCUUGUUAGACGUCAUCAGCCAGCCGAACCCAAGCCGACGUGUGCUUAUACAAUUAGCCUCUGAGCAGACUGGCGUCAUUACUUCUGUCACAGUCUGGAACUUUCUGAUUUCUUCCUACUUUAAGUUUGCAGUCAGCCCUAGUGUGUCCGUUGUUGACUAAUCUCGGUAUUCACGUGUGUCCACAUCACCUAUUUGCUGCCUUGGUGGCCUCCCCCAGUCGGCACGAGCCAGGUUGUUUCCUUAUUUUUGCGCUGCCAACUUCGCUUCCCUGCGCUUUGUGAGUCAUGCCUGUCCAGUGGACUGCCUUCUGUUGCUGUAGCUUGUAAUGAGAAAGUAGGAUGAAGUUUGAUUUGGCAGCGGUAAACACAUCUUUCCGUCCCGCGGCGGCUGACGCCGAAGCCAGCUCGCUCUUACACAGCGUCUGUAUACUUACCCAAACCCCUUGUGUGGAAGUGGGUCGCACCACUACCAUCAUUAGCUCGUAGUCCGCGCAGACUAUUCGUGCAGUCAUUCUUACAUCCCAAGGACUGAAUGUUAGGCUAAACUGCUGCUCACUGUGACCCCUAUGGCACUCUCGUUUACGCGAUAUCCUCGUCUAAACCUGUCACGCAUAAUACUAUGGACAAGCUCGUGUGUUGCACGCGUAGACUAACUCACACCCAUCUCAAGUCACGCUGUCACCGGAACGCGAUAGUUUUGGAUUAGAGAGCGGGACGGACGCCGCGCAAGUAUGCGUCAGUAUGGACAAAUUCGCGCGCAAGCCACCACUUCGCCCUAUUGACGGUCGUCAUCGUUUACAAGGGCGAGCUUUUAUGUGAUGGGAGCAAUUUGAAGCCAGCCUUUUAAUAACAAUGGCGUCCUCCGGUUCAGAGGGGUUUUUGAGAGGCUUUGUAGUUUUGUUCAUCAGAAGGCAGAUACCAGUGGAGGCUGCGAAUGCUAACGUGUGCUGACGCAAUUACCAUUUUUUACCCCGGCCUAUUGUACUCUUAGUGACUUAAUUUUGUGCACUGUUUGGUCUUCCUUGUGUAGAGUUUUCGUCGGCACAUAGUCGAGAUCGUCUCCCCCCUCGCUCCUUUGUCCUGCUGCUUUAGAAACAGUUUGUCGUAGUCUUUUGUUGUAUUCAAAAUGUUACCUUUUGAGCACAUCUCCCAGUAUGGGUGGGCUCUCAGUGUGGAGACCGGAUUGACUGCACCUUUGUCAGUUAUUCGGAAGGAAAUUUUUCCAGAAGACCCUUGAGCAGGGUCGUAGGCCCCCAUUCCCUUCGUUUGCAAAACCAAGCGAAGACGGUCCACGGCUGAGUGAACGGCCACGAAAUUCGACAAUAUCAUCUUUCUCAACUUUAUCCCUGCUAUUGAGAGACACCAGGUGUUGUCGCGCUGCACAGGUCGUCAUCGCCACCACGGGGGCCGCAUUGUGCGACUGCAGCGAGUAGGCUGCGGACGAGCACUUGUAAGGUUGUUCUGUCUGUUUAAAGACCCCUGGGAAGAAAAAAAAGCCUACGAAAAUACCAGGUUAUAGGGCUUGAACCACUGGCGAAGAUUUAACAGUCCAAAAAAUUUAAACAGGACAUUAACUUUUCUUCCGAGACGGCCGGUCUCCUUCCCACCGUUCUCCUUUUAUUUUCACUGUCGUGAUUGGUGUGACAUGAUGUGUGUCAGGAUUGGUGAGAGACCGGUUUGAUUGCUCGUCCGGUUCCUGUUUUAUAUCUCCAGGCUCACCACUGCCAUGUUGUCCGGAUCUUGUAACUCAAGUAUUGCUUGCUUGUCUGUCACCUGCAGUCUUUGGCCAUAGGCAGUAGAUCCAGCUGAUAUCUCCUCCCUCUUCCCAGAUCGCUGUUCCGGAAUCCUUGCUUUGAAUCCACUCGCAUUAAGAGUUAAUUGCUCUAAAUCUCACGGUCCCCCCAAUUACCUCGCCCACUGUCAUCUCGUUCGCUUUUACAGAGGUGCCGAGCGUCAUGGUCGGCUUCCGAGGAUCUACGGGAGGAACCAGCGUGAGUCGAUCAGCCAGCCUUCGGGAGCAGAUAACCCGGGCCCUGCAGGCGGACCUCCUCCUGUUGCACCAACCCACCCCCAAUGCCUUCAUCCUCCUCGACCCCAACCCGCCCUCCUGUCAGUGGGUGGAGCAGCCGGGCCAGCCCACCAGCCGUCAACGCUUCCGUGUCACUCUAGGCAGUCAGCACUGCACCUGCUCAACUUUUACCAGAGCCGGCCUUCUCUCCGCCUGUCCUGUUGCCACCACUAACGCCGUCUCGCCAUGCGUGCAUGUACUCUUCGUCAUGCUGAGGGUGCUUCGCCUCAGUCUGGAUGAUCCGCGAAUCCUGAAGACGAGCCUGGAAAAUCACGAGGUUUGA